GGGGCUUUGUUUCUGGGGAGGAGAACCCGGAGCUCUUUUGUUUGGGGGGUUUGGUGUUUUCACCCCCCACCUCACCCCGCCCCACCCCACCCCCGGUGCCUCUCCGGUUUCCUGAGCUGCGGGCUGCGAGGGAGGAGAAGCGGCGUCUUGCUACCCCCUCGGCUGGGCCCCGGGGUAAUUCGAUGCGGGCCUGGCGAGGCUCCCCACGCUAGACCGGGGCUCGCGUCUCGGCAGCCUCCACCCACCGGCCCACCCUACAUUUAGCGCAUCAUGUGAUCCGGAAUCAAUGUGACUCUAGAAACAAAUGGAUGAAUGAAUAAUCCAUAUGAAGAGGAAAACAAUAAAGAAUUUCAACACCUUUGAGAACAGAAUGUUAAUGCUUAAUGGGAUGCCGGCAGUUAGAGUCAAAACAGAGCUUUUGGAAUCUGAACAAGAGUCUCCAAACGUCCACAACUACCCCGAUAUGGAAGCUGUUCCCCUGUUGCUAAAUAAUGUGAAAGGGGAACCUCCGGAGGACUCCUUACCUGUAGAUCACUUCCAAACGCAAACUGAGCCAGUGGACUUGUCAAUCAACAAAGCUAGGACAUCCCCCACAGCUGUUUCAUCCCUCCCAGUUUCCAUGACAGCGUCUGCCUCCUCACCUUCUUCAACUUCAACCUCUUCUUCGUCUUCUAGCCGUCCAGCCUCAUCCCCAACUGUUAUAACGUCAGUAUCUUCAGCAUCAUCUUCGUCAACAGUAUUAACUCCAGGGCCCCUGGUUGCCUCUGCGUCUGGUGUGGGAGGCCAGCAGUUUUUGCACAUUAUCCAUCCUGUACCGCCUUCUAGCCCCAUGAAUUUACAGUCGAACAAACUGAGUCACGUUCACCGCAUCCCCGUGGUGGUACAGUCGGUGCCUGUUGUCUACACAGCCGUGCGGUCACCCGGAAACGUGAACAACACUAUUGUAGUGCCGCUUUUGGAGGACGGGAGAAGUCAUGGCAAAGCACAAAUGGACCCCCGAGGCCUAUCUCCCAGACAAAGUAAAAGUGACAGUGAUGAUGAUGACCUGCCAAAUGUGACCUUAGAUAGCGUUAAUGAAACUGGAUCUACGGCCCUUUCCAUAGCCAGAGCAGUACAAGAGGUACAUCCAUCCCCAGUAUCAAGGGUCCGCGGAAAUAGAAUGAAUAAUCAGAAGUUUGCUUGUUCAAUUUCACCAUUUAGUAUUGAGAGCACAAGACGCCAGAGACGGUCUGAAUCCCCAGACUCCAGAAAACGGCGUAUCCACAGAUGUGAUUUUGAGGGAUGCAACAAAGUGUACACAAAAAGUUCUCACCUGAAGGCUCACCGAAGGACACAUACAGGAGAGAAACCCUACAAGUGUACCUGGGAAGGCUGCACCUGGAAGUUUGCUCGUUCGGAUGAACUGACGAGGCAUUACCGCAAACACACGGGAGUGAAGCCAUUCAAGUGUGCGGACUGUGACCGCAGCUUUUCCCGGUCAGAUCAUUUGGCACUGCACCGCCGGAGGCAUAUGCUGGUGUGAGGAAUGCGACCUGUCCAGCUGAGCGUAAGAGCUGGAUCUCUUAGCGGCACCCAGUUCAGCAGGGCUGAAUCCCCUUCACAGUGUUAACACAAAAGGGCAUCACCAUCCCACGAUGUCUGAAACCAGAGCAGGAAAAAGAAGGAACACUUCUCCUUUUGGUCUGAAGGUAACCCCCAUCGCGACUACACGAGAAACGUCUUCAGGCUGGCCUAGGAGAUCGGUGACACCAUGCUGAAGAGACAGGCAUUGUUUUCCGUGCUGUGUACUCUGCCAUUUAAAGAUGUUUGUAGCUUGUGCAUUUUCUGAGCUGUCAGACAUUUUGUUAUUGAUACUUUAAAGGUCGUCUACCACAAAUUGAUGGCUAGAGCAAGACCUUUCACAUUGGGAUUAUCCUCCCGUCAUCCCACCCCUGAAUCCCUUUUUACAAAAAUUUUAGUUACUAUCUGAGUAAGAUAGAAUACACAUCCAAUCUGUUACCAGCAAGCAGCAUGAAAGUAGAAAAGAAGAAGCUGUUGGAGAGGUUCCAUUACCUGAAAAUAAAGGGGCACUCAGGCGGCCCGUUGCAAUAGCGAUGGCGGCAACUAGAUAUCGCCCGCAACUUGUCAUUAUGCCAUGCCCUGAAGAAAACCAACAUUGAAUCUUUCAUUUGUUUGUUGUUGAUUGUUUUUGUUCUGUUUUGAUUCUGUUUUGUUCAUCUGUUCGAGCAGAGGGGCAGCGACAUUUCAGUUGGAGUCUAGUCCUGGUGUCUGCCCUGGCAUGGACUGGCACAGAAGUGUUCUGUAGUUGAAUAGGAAGAGCCUGUCUAAAAAACUACUGCCCCACUUCAAAUUGCAGUGUUCUGUCACCUAGGCAUCAUCUCUUCCUGCCCCUAGUAUUUGAUUACAAGGAAUCGGGGGAAAAAAAAAACUUUCUUAGACACACUGGCACCAAGGUAAGAGGUGGGGCUGCCCAGGCAAAGUCAGUGAACAUGAAAAAUCAGACAAAGCAGAGAUGGAAAUAAUGCGCCUCUUGAGGAGAAAAGCAAUAAUGAAUAAAAGGACUUUCCUACAAUAACUUCACUGAGGACUCACGUUACCAAUUUUCAUACUUACUAAAGGGAUUGUAAAAAACACCCCAGCAUUUUAGAUGUCUUGGUUACAUUCACAGCACUGAGGUAAUCUUUCUGCUGUUUGUUGUCCUGCCUGGUUGACGACCACAAUUAAAGAUUAUGCUCCCCUUUUCUUGUUUGAAAACAGUUAUUUGGUGACUGGAAAGACCAGGGAGGCAUAGCAGGGAAUUAACUCUUGGGUUAAUGGGUCAGUUCUCCUUGGAACCGAGUCAGUGGAAAGGGAGCGCUCCCUGAGGAAAGCAUGUCAUGGUGCUAGUUUCCUCACUUGGAGAGCCAAGGAUAAGUGACUCUCCAGUAGGUUCUUCUAUACAGAUUUCAUUUUUCUAAACUGUAUCAGGACCCAGUGGUUCUGCAUUGGCAUCUGCAAGGAUGUUGUACCCACUCAUCCUGUGCUGAGGGUGAGAGGAAAUUACAGUCCCGUCAACCCCCUAAAAUUAUGAGCCUUUUGGCAACUAGCAAAGUAUAUAGUAAACAAAGCAAUACAUCACCAACAAGCAUUCUUUCAGAAAAAUUACCAUAUUUUUCCCCCACUAAAAGCUGUGUUUUUUUCAGCUUUAUGUGGCUAAGGGGCUUGGUGAGGUUUUUAGUUACUGCUAGUAAGGGUUUUUAUAGCUUAAAUAUAAAAGGUUGCCAGCAUAUAGACGUUUGCAAUGUAUUUUAAUUACAAACACUUGAUUUGGGGAAUUGCACAAAUUAACCUCACAAUAUUACUAGCUCAUUUUUAAAUGUUUGAACAUUCUGAAAUAAUUUCCAAUUGCAGAAUUAUCCUUUUUAGGAUCAUCUUCUAAUUCAGAUCAUCUUAUUCAGAUGAAGCAAGAACUAUAGCAUUGAAACAAAGACAAUAUUUGUUGGAUGGUAUUAAAAGGAAUUUUUUUAAAUGUUCAAGCAACAGCGUAAUGAUUUUCAGGUCAAAUUCUGUCUUCAAAAAUAUGUGCUCUACAUUUUCUGCCAGGUAUGAAAAAUUCAUCGGGCAAUUUCCCUCCAACAAGGGCUGCAAUUCUAUUGAUAAAUAGCUUCUUUAGCUACACAAUCUACUACCCACCAAGCACUGGGGUUUUGUUUUGUUUUUUUUUUCCUUUACCAACUGGAAAGUUUUUUUUAUCUGUACUGUAUGCAACUCCUACUUUGUAUUGCCUGUGACCUUUUGGAAUAGAAGGUUUCUUGAUGCAUGCCGGCAUUGGUGAUUGGUCAGCGGCAAAGAACACACAGAGUGGCCAAGACAACCGUGGAGCCCUCUCUGCUAGAUCUGGAACCUACUUGGCAGGUAGUAGGUGAAUCACUCAGGUGAAGUAUAGGCUCCAUUUAAUUCUUCCUGCUCUCACAAGAAGAGCCAAUCUUUUUCUCUGCUGAGAGAUGUCUUGAGAAUGUUACAGGUACAAAUGGUUUUUAGAAUUCAUAGAACUGACAGGCAGUGGGAGUUUCCUGAGUGACAGCUUGAUUUAAAUUUAGCACAGAACUACAUGAGCUGCUCCUCUCUAAAAACAUAGGAAAGAUUCAGGAAAGUGAGUUUUUCUCCUCACCCUCUGAAAGUGGAAACCAGAUGGAGACAGUAAGUUAACUGAUAAAGCCUGUCAGCAUGACAGCAUUUCCUCCUUUUGACAUAUCGAUACUUCUAAGGAGGGAGGGAUUGAAGCACAAGUAGUGAAUGAGUUCCUGAUCUAGCUCCAGGACCGAAACUUAUUUGGGGCUUGUCUUGGGAUAAAGCAAAUGCUCUUUGUUGAGUUUUCUACAAAUGUUUCCCCAUGGAAAGGAAAGUGGUUAGGGAGAGAAGGAACUGGAUUUUUAAGUAGAAAUGUCUUGAGGCAUGGAAAGGCCUCCUCCAUUUCAUCUUAUAUUCAUUCUCGCCUCUUUGUAAAAGCACAGUAGAUGGUGAACAACAGAAAAGAAGUAGAAUCCGAAGGACUCGUCAGUUGUUCCCUACCUAGAAGGAUGCUUUGGUUUUCAAUUUGAGUCUCUUCAGUGUGCAACAGGGCAUGUGUGCAUGUUUGGGAACUUACACCCAGGUGGUGGUGAUGGCUUGAGAAGCCACCAUGGACCCGGCUAUCUCUUUGCAUUGUAUACAUUGAGUUCAAGGGAGUUAACAUUAUUUGAAAGUUGUAAGGUUCAGGCUUUGAGGUUUUAAUAGAUUCCUUCUUCGUGUUCUCAUCUGAAGUUGUUAGGAAAAAAAUUCAUGCUUCCCCGUUGUCCUCCAGCCCCAUCUUGUCAAUUGUGUGUAGUAGCUGAGAAGCCUGCUUGAUCACUUGUCUUAAGUUCUAUUAAGACAUUUAGACUGAAAUUCCUAAUGGCUUUACCGUAAAGAUUAUACUACUGCCUGGCAUUACUUUUACAAAACAUUAUAGGACAUUUAUUUUCAAAUGCAGUUGAAUAACAGUAACAUAAACCACACUGCAAAAAAAAAAAAAAAAGCACUUUUUAGUCACUUUAUAGUUUAAGUGGAAAAUAGGAAGAAGAUUGUCAGGGGGAAAAAAACUUACAAAAAGCUACAGUGUUUACAAUGCCAGUUCUAAUGAUUAGAAAGGUCAUUCUCAUUGUGGUUGAAAUUUUGAAUAGCUCAUAACAGAGAUUAUGUUCAUUUUUUGUACUUUUUUUUAAACUUCGAAUUGCCAUUUGUGUUUUAAACAUAAAUAUAAUUCUGCACUUUGAAAUCAGUUCAUUAGAAUGAUAACAUGUAUAUGGAUAAAGAUGCAGUAUUCCUUAUUCUGUACUUUAUUUAUUAUACUUACCAAAGCUGCAAUCGAAUAAAUCUGGUGAGGUGAGGCCUUCCAAUGUAUUACUACGCCUCGGUUCUGUUGUUAUGACUGCUUAGAUAUGUAGCCAUGAUGUUGUCAUAAAGGUGUCUUAACAUUUCUGGUACGGUUUGACAGAAUUGAAGCAGUGUUAAGAAUACCAGCAGCCAUGAUACAUUGAGUUAUAGACUUCAUGUAAGGGACUGAACGUGAGAUAACUCUUACAAAUCAUAAUAGGCCCAGGAAGCCUUAAUACUCAUAGUCCAUAAUCCAAUCUCAGAUUUUGCUCUUUGCUAAUGCCUGUACAUGUAGGCAGUAAAUGUAUUCUACAACGUCAUUGACCAAAUCUCUUCCUUUAGUUUUUCAGAGGUAGUGCGUCUCAAUAAAAAUUCUUUCGCUUUGAUUUGGUUUUGUUUUAAAAAGAGGUUUGGUAAGUUAUGUCUUCCAUACUGCAUUUCUACUUAUCCCCACACUGCCACCCACUUACCUGCACAGGUACCCCCAGCACAUGCACAUGUGUAUACACACCCAUAUAUGCAGCAGCCAACAGGCUCAUAAAUAUCAACAAAGAACUUUUUUUAAAGAAUGAAUUUGUAAUAAUCCUUGCUGUCUAGAAAUGUAAGUUAUUUACCUUAUUGGGGAAUCAGCUUAUAAUGCUAUAUAUGACUUUGCCUGCAUUUUAUAGUUAAGAAGUGUACAUAAAAUUUUAAAAUGCUAUAUUUUCACACUUUCAUUAUAGAAUAAUGUCUGUUUAGCAACCCAUGUCCAUUGGUACUUUAAAUAUGCUAAAUACUGUGCAAUUGCAAUAGAAAUUCAGAUUUUCGUAAGAAAAUGAAAUAGGAGGAUACUGCAUAAAAAAUAGAGUGAAAUAUUUUACUGUAUUCGUACCAUAUGUGAUAGUGGGAAAAGUAUUUUCAAACUCACAAAUUUUACAGAGGUUGUAAAUAGUUUGAUGAAGUAUGUUGGGAAAAAGAGCUUCUAGUUUUCAUCACAAUAAAAAAAUAUUGUUCAGAUAUGCCUUGUAUAUCUUACACACAAUUAGCGACAUUGCCAUGGGAACUCUGUUCCACUUUCUCACGGCACAUUCCAUGUGCUCUGACAAAAUGGAGUGGCCACUUGUCUCAAUUUAGCCAGGAUGUGAAACACAGUAGUAAAGUCAUAUUAAGCUGUGAACCACUGAUUCCAAACUCAAAAUGUCUACCUGAAGGGGGAAAACAGCGGCACAGGAUUUCACUUGUGCUAAAGAGAAGCAUCUAGCAAUUGUUCUCUUUUCUCAGUUCUCUUCCUCCUCAACGAAGUAGUUCUUGAUCAGAAACCCUGUACAGGUGUUUAGUCUUGUUUAGUUCCAGAGGGAAUGGAAUACUUUUAGGAGUAGCUACGUGCUGACAAGAUUAAGUGUUCUAGAUACGGCCACAUGGUAAAUGAAUCUAUACUGGCGAUAGGAAUAAGCUAGUGCCCAUUUUCAGAAAUGAAUUAAAAGCUGAAAGUGCCUGUCAAUAAACAUUAUGACCAAUGAGAUAUUCCUAUACAUUUACAACAGCAAUAAUUCUUCAUGAGACUGGGUUUUUCCUCCUCAUUUGGGAAACACACACUCACAGAGUAAAUAUAUGCACAUAGUAAAUUGAGUCUGUUCACACACCCACUAAAAUUCUUUGGUGUCUUUUUAAGUAUACCUAAUCUUGUUUAUGUUAGCAUUUCUUAAUUUAAUCUCUCUUACUUACAGAAUGUAAAAAUGCAAAUCUGAACAUUAGGGUUAUCUUCAACAUACACUAUAGCACAUGGCAAUUAUAAUUUUGAGAUAAAAAUUUCACUGUGAUUGGCCCCAAACGUAGGAGUCACUGAGUGUGCCUCAAGUUUUGCUCGGUUAACAUAAGCCAAUUUAUUUAGAGCAAAACACUAGAGAUAUUGUUUGUUUUACUUUAUUUUAUCCACUAAUAUUAGAUGCACAAAUCCGUCUCUGCAUUUCUUCAUUUCCUUUUUUUUCCUGAUAUUUCCUGUUCUCUGAGAAGCAUUGUGGAAUGAACAUUGACACAAUCAUUUAUCCCUGAAAAGUCUACUGAAGUAUAACUGACACUUAGUAAGCCUAGCUUUUAACCAAGGUUUGCAGUUAGUCCUGGAAAUUUCCAGAUUUACGUUGAGAACUUUACAACUUUUGCCUAUAAUUAUUUUACUGCUAACAGUGGAGUCAUGAAUAGAAAUAUACAAUGAGAUUAUGUGAAUAGACGAGACUUCCGGAAAUUCUCCAGCCCUGCCAUCUCAGUACAAAUCCACCCAAACAAGCUUUUGAGGGCUAUCAGUAAAAUUAUACUCUUUCAGAGCCAAACAUUUGGUAAGAGCAAUUUCAAAAAUAUAAUGGUGAUUAAACACGCAGGCUUUAGACAGUGGAAACGACCAGGAAGGACAGUGUUCUCCAGAACCAGACCACAGGCCUAGAAAACCGUCUACUGUUUCCUCCUCCAAGUGGUGGGAAGAAGGAAAAGGAAACUGUGCCAGGAUAGGGUGUGAAAUAACCAAUGAAGUCUCCUAGGAAACCUGCUGACUUCCUCACCCUCACUGAAGUCAAGUCUUCUGACCGGGCUGCUUUCUGGAAGUUGUCCGAAAGUACUAAAAGUACUUGAACGGUCAAAAAUCAGUAAGCCAUGAAAUACUGGCUCUUCUUUAUUAAACACUUACUCUGUGCCAAGCACUAUACUAGGUAAUUCUUAGACACAUUAACCUCUCAUCUGUACAACAGUUCCACAUUUUAUGAAUGGGACACGGAGGCGUGGAGAGAGGGGCUGAAUUUUCCUCAAACACAGAAAUAGUGACUGACAGGAUGGGCAUGUGGCUCUACCUGUCUCUGGCUCCGAAGUCCAUAUUCUUUCCACCUCCCUGCACUGCACGUGUGUUCCCAGCAGCCAACUUUCCAUAUCUCUUAAGUAGUUUAUUAUGGACGCAUAGUCGUCAUAUUUUCCAAGUAAGAUGCACAGGGACAUGAUAUAGCAUAUGAUUUGUCUGUGGUACAGAAUAUUUGAAAUCAGUCUUCUGGAAAGUCACACAUGAAGGAUCAUUGUCAAUAAAGUGCAGCAACUAGCUGUGUCCCUGAACUUGUCACUUUCCUCCUAAAUGUUUGUCCUGGUGAUCCAAAAAUGAUGAAAACUCUUCCCUACUCCGUAGCAUUUUAGCCAGAGUGGGUUUUCAUGAUUCUCCGUAUUUCUUUGUAAGUGUACUAAAACCCUUUCCACCUAGGUAGCCCUGCUAGCGUCUGCUGAAGGCGCAUUUGAAAGUUUGCCCUCCGUGGAGCUAGUUGUUAGUAUCAGAGCCCUACUUUUGGUGCUUGUUAAUGGGGUGGCAAUCACAAACAUCCAGACGAUGAGCAAGGAGAGAGAGCGGAUCAUUCCUUUUCAGAUUUCUCACCUAACAGCACCACCUUGGAGUGUUUUAAAUAAUUUUAUAAAUAAAUUGUUUAUAGUAUUGUUAGUUUAAUUGAAUUUUACGUGAGAAGUUGUCCAACAUCAGAGAAGUGAAAUCCCCUCCUCCUUUUCUGCGCAGAACAAAGUCUCUGACAGUAUUGAUUCAUGGAAGUACUAAUGGACUUAGAAAACAUUAAGAGAAUGUCAUUUCUCAUGGUGUUUCUUUUUCUGAAAAUGAAUCUCCUGAAUUAUGAUCUUUCUCCCUGUUACUUGGCUGAGGGAAGAGCUAAAACCUGCAUAAACAAAUUCCCUUCCGUGCUGAAAGCGAGUGUUCUGUGUGCACAAUCCACUGGCAAGGGGCUCUCUUCUCAGUUAAUUGGGUUUCACAAGCAAUAAUUUCUCAACAACAAAACCACAACUUUGAGUUGAAAAGAGAUGAAUAGUGGAAAUAAUCACAUCAGGAAUUUUUUUCUUUCUAGACUUCAUCUCUAGAAAUUUUAAAUGUUUGAAGGAACAGAGUCUGUUGUUUGUGCAAAGCAAGAACCAAUGAGUCUUUGUGUGAAUUAUUAUAUCUUGCUUUUUUCCAAAGCAGGCUUACCAAGACUUUUAGAGAGAUUCAUUUUUUGUUGAGAAAUGAUGUUGGAUAGGAGAGUAGGAUUUGGGUCAAGUUCUAGUAAAAGUGCCCGGGUAAUCAAAAAGUAAGAUAUUUUAAGUACAUAAUAUCUUUCUGCUAAUUUCAUGCUCCAAAGAUACAGCAUAAAAUAAAACAUUAGAGAAAAUGCUUUUGCCCUACUUGUGUUUCUCAUUUUCCCAUAGCAGAAUUUGUAAUUAUAUCCAGACUACAGUAUAUAUUUCGUUCCUCAAACUUGAUUACAUUGGAUGGGUAUUGUUGAACUGGGGCACUGGUGCCUAUAUUCAAGGCUCUUUCCUAUCAACUUGUCUGUCCACAAUUUGUUGUGUUUAAGAAAUCAUUUUUUUAAAAAAAUCACCAUCCCCCGUAUGGAAUGGUGGCUGUAUUGUUUUGUUCAUGUCUGUGGGACACAUUGCAACAUAUGACAAGCCAACUCUGUGGAUGUGAGAUAACUACUUACAAAACCAGCUUGAAAACAUCGUCUUAUGUAUUAUGUCAUCCUGCAUCAUAAUGCAAUUAUGUGUAUCAUAACAUGCUCAUUUUAAAAAAGAGAAACCAGCAAAUUCUUGUUUGUCCAUAGAAGAAUGUAUUCAGAAGUUUCUGUGUUGUGAAACGAGGAGAACAGACCACCUUUAAGAUACCCACCUGCCACUUAAAAUGACUUAGUUAUAAUUAGUAGUAGUCUAGACAUUGCUCUUGGUGUGGGGGUUGGGGGGUCAAUUCAAACGUCAUAUUCUUUUGACUAAAUCUCUCAGUCGUAUUUGAAAAAAAAAAUAACAUGGGAAUAAAGAAAAAUGUCAUCUGUGGCCAUUUCAAGCAGGAAUCUUUUUACUUUUCCUUAACACUUCACUCAUUAUACAUGGUGAUUGGAUUACAAGAUCUAUCUGUAAAAAUACAGAAACAUCCUUUAGUUUACAAAACAGUAAUUCUAGUCUUGAAGCCCCUAAACAGCAAAUUCAGUAGAUGCUGCGUCUGAUUUACUUGACAGAUACAAUUUUACGAAAGACUCGGGUCUCUGACCCCCGAGAGUCAAAGCACCAGAGGAGAUCCUACACAUUAAAGGAUAAAACCCCCCAAUGAUGCUGGCAAGCAAAUGUGUUAAUUUCUUAAAUCUUUAUUUGAUUUUCUGUUCAGAGUUUUAAUUACAAAUGAAUUUAUUUCUCCAGCUUAUCUAAAGACCUAAUUUCCCAAUAGUUUCCUCUGCAUUUAUAUACUCUGUAGUGUUUAGGCAAGCCCUGUUAUAAGUUAAUAUUAUGUAAGUGUUGUUCUUGUAUUUAUGUAUAGUGUAUGUAUUGUAAAUAUACUCAGAGCUUUUUUCCUUUUACUGUAAAAUGGUGAUUUUUUUUUUUUUUUUGGCCCUCUGAUAAUGUAAAGGGAGACCCUCCUAAUGAGAUUCUCUCAGAGGAUGAUUAUUCCAGUCUAUUCUCAGAGAUUUAAAUGAACAAGUGUUAUCGUUUUUAAUGGUGUCUCGGACAUAUUCUGUUGGUGCAUUGCUUUUCUGUAUUCAACUUUCCUAUGAAUUGAGCUGUGAACUGAAAUAGAGUUUAAACCUUUAAAUGUAUGCAUUUGUAUAAUUAUCUGAAUGAAGGCAUGAAGGUUAAAUAAAGCAUUUUGUAUGGAA